CAUUGUAAAUUUAAGGGGUGAAAACUGUAAUUAUCCCUAUUUAACCCUACUGUUAUCAACACAUGUUUCGAUAAAAGAAAUUAGUAUUAUAUUAUUUAUACCAUUAAAGAUUUGAAUUAUUUAUUUAUUUGGCCCAAUCAAAUAAUUACCUUAUUCAAAUUAAAGUAGAUUCAUUUGACUCGUACAAAAUGUUCAAAUUGAGGUGCCAGAUCACGAAAUUACGCAUUUUAUUUUUUAAUCUAUAAUGCGGGGGUAUAUCCGUCAGAUCAGACAAUCGAAUUUCUCAAUUUCAAAUAUUGCCUCCAUUUCCGAUCCAUCCACAACACAAGCUUUCUCUCUCUAAAUCCUGAAACAGUAAAACCAAUUCUCUCUCUCUCUCUCUACACCACUGCUCCAAAUUCAACAAAUUGAUCACUCCUAAACCCUAACUCUACAUUCAGAUCAGUUUCUGCAUAUCCGUUCAGCUGAUUGAUGAGUUUUCCUGUGAAUUAAUUAAUUAUCACAAUUUUCAAUCAACGAUGGCGACAUCGGCAUUCAAAUCAACGACCAAGAGAGCUUCAGUCGGCGGCUCCAGCUCCGAGGAUUCCAGCCGCUCCCUCCGCCGCUCAAGGAGUGUCAGCCGAUUCUCCCCCAGGUCGAUCGAUCCCGAGCCGACGGAAGAGUACCGUAACCCUACGCCGCCGCCGCCGCAGUUUCCGGAGAUUAGCUUAGAUGAUCUGGCGCUCGAGUUUUUCUCGAGGAACGAGAACGAGGACAACAAGGGGAGAGUCGAGAGGAAGGAGCGAGAGGGGCGGUCGGUUUCGCGUCCGGGGCAGAUCGGGCGGUGGGCCAGUGAUACAGCUUCGUCUCAGAGGAGGGGCCGGUCUGUGUCCAGGCCGCGUGGAGAGGUUGUUUCUACUAGCGGCUCUGCCCCCGGGGCUAAAAAUGUCAGUUCGUAUGAUACUGGUGGUUCAAGGAGGCGGAGGUCGCUUUCGGUGGCGGCUCGCUCUCAGCUUAGCGACUCAGAGAACGAGGCUGAUCAUUUUCGGAAUUCGAGCGGAUGUGCUAAUUUGAAGGCUCCCGUUAGUGGGAAAGGCCAAAUGCCGAAGGAAACAGCUUUAAGCAACCGACGUCUGGGAAGAACUCAGAGCCAUAAAGAUCUCCAUUUGUUACCUGAUGACUACUCUUCAUUGGGAAGACAACAGACAGCUUUAACUAGAGGUCACCGGUUGCAGUCAGAUAAUUCUGAGGAUUUUUCUAAAAUCAGAAAAAGUUAUUCCGAAAAGUUGGAACAGUUGGAAAGGCGCAAACACGACCUUCUCACUGAGAUGUUGAUUGAGGAGCAACGAGAACGAGAAGUCUCUAUAAUGGUCAAAGAACUUCCUUCUUCAAGAACUUCAGCUCUAACAGAGAAGUCAUCGCAUGCAAGAAAGAAAAGUCGCGACAAACAUAGGGCGUCGAAAAGAUUGACCGAGGAGGCAGAGAAAUACUUGGAGGACUUCAUUUCUAAUGUCGAAGAUACUGACAUAUCUUCCUUUGACGGAGAAAGAAGCGAUGGAAGUUCAAUAUUAGGAGCAACUAUAAAAGUAGGUGAAACGUACAAGAGCCCCACCGGGCCUAUUUCUUACAAUUAUGGUGAAAUGGACGGAGUUAGUUUGCCUUGGUUGCAGUUGGAGACUGGUCAAUGUGGUUCUCUCUCAAGUAUUAUAAAGGCACACACCCUCGUCACGCCAAAAACUCUACAGUGGGACUCGGAAAAGGGUAUGGUUUCCUUAAACAACCGGAGUGAUCGUUCGACAAGCAGUUGUGGUAGUUGGAGUCCAUGUCACUCGAGUGGAAGAGAAGAAACAUGCCAAGUUAGGCAAUUAGGCGAUGAACGCAAAUCCAGGUAUGAUUUUGGUGAGCAACUUAAACUUCGGAAAAACGAGGAAGUUUUGUUUGAAAUCUAUAGAGAACGGAACCGAAUCAGUUCGGGCUGUCUUUUGCUUUGUACUGGUGUCCUUUACUGAUUUUUCCAAACUUUUGUAAAAACUCUCGUUUUAAACUGAAACACAAGCACCGGUCGAAUGUGAUUUAUCAUCUUUCGAAUAUAUUGAUAUUGAACUACACUUAUUUGGAGAACUAGACGAAAUCAACACUUCCAGUUUUCAAAUGCUUUGAUUUUAUUCAGUUCUGAAAUAAUACAUCACUACACAAGAUAAUUACUAGGGUAAAUUCCACUUUCCCCGCUUGUACUUUGGCUCGAUAUCACUUUACCCCUUCUACUCUUAAUUGGGUCGAUUUGCCCUUUUGUACUCUGGCUCGAUAUCACUUUACUCCCUUCUACUCUCAAUUGCAUCGAUUUGCCCCUUGUACUUUGG